GUUCCACGUGCAGUUGUAGAGGGAAAAUACAAGACAACAUUGUACUUCCUUUAAUAAGUUACUAAAUAGAUUAGCCAGCUCUCUCAUGCUCAGCUCUAGCAUUGUGAUGGCUCAGAUGGACCAGCUCGAUCAGUUGGUGGCCAGCUUCAAGGAGCUGAAGGAGCAGUUGCUCACUGUCUGUGAGGAACAUGAUCAGGAGCGGCCUCGGUCUAACAGGACUCGCGGGAUGCUGAUGAUGAUGGGAAGAAGUCGUCGAGCGAGGAAUCGACUGUCACCACAAGUUCGCACAAAACUGACUAAGAUAGUGAAGAACGUCGACGACAUCUUACCGGAUUUAAUGAUCACUCAAUCGCACCCAGAACCUCCGAUGGACGCAGAGGUAAUAGAGGAGCAACCCCACAACACGUGUCAGGUGUACAUCAUUGGACCCCCGGGGGCAGAGCCACGGACCUUAUCUGAUGAUACUGAGUCUGACACUCGCUGCGAGAAACAACAGUCAAUGGUAUACCAAAGAAACUCUGCUAGUAUUACAUUGGGACCAUACGUUGCCACUGACAAACUCACUCAGAUAAAGAUGAAGGAUUCUCCUCUGUCGACGUGUGAGAUUUUCCUGAAACCCCUCAAAGAUGGGCAGGGCAGUGUACGGUACACUCGUGCAAAAGAGAGGGCGUGUCUGGGUCAAGGGUCAUCUGGCGUCACUUAUCGGGAGCAAUCCUCGGAGAUCGAUGUAGAGUCAACUUCAGACAAUGACGACGAGUUCUAUUCACCAGAUGACGAUGAUAAGGAAUAUUCAGAUGAGAGGAUAAGAACGACGUAUCCGACCACCUCAGCCCAUGGCCACAAGCUCUCCCACAACAGUGAUUCAAUAAUAUCUGGCAAGAGAAGUGAUAGUUCGAGUUCAUCCUAUAAAUCGGCUCAAGAGUCGCUUGACGAACUAAAAAGUGAAACCGAAAACAAACUAUCUGCAUCAUCAGUUCCAAACAGUCCUACUCCUUACCAAUCUGUUGGUAUCCACCAUCUUAACGGAAGCUCUCCUGAGAGCACCAUUGAAGUCCAUCAAGCUAUUGGUACAGCUGUCAUUGAAAGCCGUUGUUCCACAGUAGUGGAUGAUCCAAACAGCUCGAGACAAUGGCCACAGCAAGACUAUGAAAUGGACAGUAGAACAGAUAGUGAGGAAACUCCACCCCAAAGCCCACUUGUGUCAAGCACCUCAUCGAACAAAGUAUCUCCUAAACCUUCUGGAAUUUUUGUUGUUUUAGAGGACCUGCAAAACUCGUUUGCUAAGAAGAAGAAGAAGAAUUUCCUGGACGGUUCGACAAGGGAUCUGCGAUCUAGCAGUACUGACGUAACAAAGCUCACUGUCUCUGUUUCUGUCCCUCAACGUACACCUGUUUUGAAAAUUGAGAAACUGUCCCUUGAUGUAUUAAAGCGACUAAGUAGUCCCAAGAAAGAGCCAGUCUCCCUCUCCCCAGCCUCAUCUACCUUCAACUCACAUAGACACAACCAUAACGAUCCAUCUGAGACUGAGCACACUGAUGAUGAAAAAGCCCCUUUUCUAGAAGAUCAAGAAUCUCGGCGAGUAAAGCGUGAAAGACAUUCACGCAGCUCCUGGUCGGAUUUUGAAGAAGAUAUUCUGUUGAGAUCGCCACACUCGAAUAGGCCCUUAGAGAAGGACGUGCCGGUGAGCUCUCUACCGGAACCACCAGAUGCCUCCUUUCUCCUUUCAGACACUGAGCUACCCAACGACAAAGGCUCCGUAUCCAAGGAGGACAAUAGUGACCACUUAUCUCCCAGCAUCUUCCCUAAAAAGCCACCCAGCACACCUCCUGCAAGAAAGUCAAGGAAACCAAACCAACACUCAAAGGAAUCUGGCAGGUCAAAGCGGUGUGCUAGUCCUCCUAGUACACCUCACUGGGCCAAUAAAACUUCUCAACGUCAACUGUUUGACUCUGAAGAUGACUUUGACAUGGCAAUCUCUCACCCACCUCCUUUCAAGAGCUGUACACCCUCACAGAAACUCAAAACUCCCAAACGAAGAAAAGUCCUUAAGGUACCCUCUGACGAUGAAGCAGGCUGCAGCAACCAUAGCAACGAAUCAAAGCCUCCUACACUCAAGACAGAACGGUCAUCAUCUCUCUCCUCUCACAGUCGAGAUGUCAGCAAAGAUGCAGAUACAGAUGAUGGUUCUAAUAGUGUCAAUAAUGAGCCAAGAGGUGAUGCACAAGCUCUUAACAAUGACAAAACUGUGAAUGCUGACUCAGGCACCAGAUUCACCGACAAGAAAGAAGCAAAGAAUAAAAAACUUCCGAAAAAGAUUCCAUGCUGUGCCUGUGGUCUAUUGGUAUUCUGGAGAACAAAGCCUCUACACAAGCAUCCGAGACUGGAUGGUCUAGUGUGUGGAAAUUGCCUAACUACGAUAAUGGAGGGAGAGUUCACUGUCAGUGAUGGCCACGAGGAGUACUGUACUCUGUGUGGGGAUGGUGGAGACAUUUUGAUGUGUGGUUCCUGUAUUAGAAGUAACUGUAAGGGUUGUGUGGAGAGGGUAUCUGGUACAGAGUUUCUCAACAACUUGCUGGAAGAUGAUGAUCAGGAAUUUACUUGUUACUGUUGCGACCCCUUACCUAUGGAACCACAUGGACGGAUUAUGCAGCUUUAUCUCUCCCGCAAACAGUCUAAAGCGAAGCACAUUAACUCUGCGAUGAAGAAGAAGGUUUUCAAGACCCCAGAGCAUGUUUCUGACUCGGAGGAAGGCAUAACCGCAGUGGAAAAGUCUAAGUCAGCCAAGAAAGAGGCAGAAGGAGAGAGUAUGCAAGCUGAGAAGAAAUCUGCAGCAAAGCAUCAAAGAAGUUGUUCACCAAACUCUAUAGCCAGCAAUGACUUCAGUGAUAGUGAAGCGGACUCUCCGGAUGUAGAUACCGAUGAUAUAGACCUGUCAGACUCAAGUGUUUUUGGCAAAGAUAAGAAACGAAAGCUCAAACGGAAGAGGCACAGCAGCAGUGAAGCCAAUGCACAGCAGCCAAUAAAAACUGACACCAAGAAUGCCGAAGGAUCAAGCAAGAGUGUCGCAUUUACUAGGAAGAAGCGGCGAUACAUUAAAAGAUUUAAACUGGACGGUAGUGACUUUGAAUGCGGGAGUGAUGAGUCAUCCAACAAUAGUGAUAUGAAGAUUUCAAAUCCUAGCAAGAUGCCAAAAAAGAAAGUUGUAUCUCCAAGCUCAUCAAUGGACGAGUUAAACCUCCAUACUGGCUGCGUCAAGAGAAGUAAACUGGCUGACAUGCUCUCAUCCGGAGAUGAUAGUGAUCAGGUGAACAUGGACGAUAACGCGCUGACAGUGAGCAUGGGGGAAAGUACAGAGAAUGACCACUGCUUCAGACCCUCCACCCCAGACAAGGGCCCCUUUAGCCCCGUCACCUAUCUCACUCCGAGCAGCAAAAUGAAAAUCUCCUCCGAAUCGUCUGACAAUGAAUUUCAAGUUGUCCGACCAAAAUCAAAAAAGAGACGCGUAUUGAGCAGACUGAGUUCAAAGUCUACCACUGACUAUGAUUCCUCUUCUUCAGAGAAAAGGGUAAAAGGUCAUGGUUCAACUGAGGAUCCUACUGAUCUCUCGCGUGUUGGUCCUAGACUUAGGAAGAAAGACUCUCGAAAGUUCCUAUCCGACUCUGAUUUUACUGAUAGUGAGAAAGAAGUAAAGAAAGGCACUGGUGAUAAGGGGAAAUCCCCUGAGGAGCAGUCGACACCUGGGAAAAAGCGGAAAGCUAUUCGCAAACUAAUAGACGACUCUAAACUUGACGAAAAGACCAAGCUGGCAGAUCAGAGAGAGAGUGAGAGGCUGAGCAGGCUGAAGAAAAAGAAGAAGACCAGCAGUCAGUCUGAGCUUGAGGGUGAGCAACUGGUGCUGGAGGUGGACAAUACCACCAAGAAUCCUAAAAUCUCAGUCUGUUCUGAGAUUGUCCCGUCCCUAAAGCCUCACCAGAAGGAGGGCAUCAAGUUCCUCUAUGAUUCUUGUGUGGAGUCUCUGGCACUGUUUAAGGACGGUCAACGCAACGGUGCCAUUCUAGCUCAUUGCAUGGGACUGGGAAAGACUCUGCAGCUAAUAGCAUUCAUCGAUGCUCUGCUGUGCUGUGAAGAGAGCAAAGUGCAUCGAGUGAUCAUCCUCUCCCCCGUCAACACCCUCUAUAACUGGUUGAACGAGUUUGACAGGUGGCUCCCCAACAGAAACUACGGACUGAGCUAUAUUAUGAACAUGCCAAGCCUUGAUGCUCGACUGAGGAAACUAAAGCGUUGGUUCCAGCACGGAGGAGUCAUGCUCAUUGGCUAUGACAUGUUCAGGAAUCUGGCAAUGGCCAAGAACGUGAGGAAGAAAAAAUCGAGAGAAGACCUGACCAAGUACCUGGUUGACCCUGGUGCAGACAUAAUAGUGUGUGACGAAGGUCAUGUGAUGAGGAAUUCCAAGUCGAAUCUCUCGGUGAUUCUGGGGCAGGUGAAAACGUUGUGUAGGAUUGUCCUCACUGGCACUCCUCUGCAGAACAACCUCAUGGAGUAUUACACAAUGGUCAACUUUGUGAAACCCAAUCUUCUUGGUACUCCACGAGAAUUUCGGAAUCGGUUUGUCAAUCCCAUCAAGAAUGGUCAAUGUAGAGACUCACAACCGAGCGACAUCCGGCAGAUGAAACUCAGGGCCCAUGUUUUACAUCGCAAGGUCAGUGGGUGUGUCCAACGCAAGGACUAUCGAGUCCUCUCUGUAGCCAUCCCCCCUAAACAAGAGUACGUCAUCUCGUUUCAUCUCACCGAUAUUCAAGAUCAGCUCUACCGGUUCUAUCUCGAUCAGUUUCGAGGGAAUUGCGGAGCCACUGAUCUAUUCUCAACGUUCUCCAACCUAGCCAAGGUGUGGAAUCACCCGUGGGUUCUCCGACUGUCCGAAGAGCGGGAAAACGAGAAGGCAGAGCGGAAAGGGUUACUCGUGAGUGAUGAUGACGAUGAUGACGAAGGCUCCUCGCUUGACGGGUUUAUAGUCUCCGGCAGCGAUGAGGAGGACACAAAGAAAAAGAAGAGAAAGGUAUCGCAUAAACGCAAGAAGCGUGGUGUCUCUUCCUCUAGUAGCUCGAGGACCAGUCGAGAACCGUCACUCCCCCAGCCCUACAACUCUAGGCCAAUCAUCAUCAUCUCCAGUGGCAGUGGCAGUGACGACGAUGACCUCCCCCCUUUGCUAAUCACCAAGACCGAGCCAGGGACAACGGUUAAGACUGAGCCUGGGGGUAUUAUUGACAUGAACGGGGCCGGUCCCAGUAACCCCGGUGGUCGAGGAGGUGUGGUCAAAGCUGUCACGGAUAAUUCCUCGAAAAUUGGCAAGUACUGGUAUGACUCUAUGCUGACGGACGAUGUGGAGCACAAAUUAGAGGCUAGCGGGAAACUCCUGUUUCUCAUGGAGCUGCUCAAACAAACAGAACAACGUGGGGAGAAGGUGAUUGUGUUCAGUCAGAGUCUGCUCACACUGGACCUGAUUGAGAGCUUUCUCACCGAGGGAGAGAACUGGACCCCUGGUCUCGACUAUUACAGAUUGGAUGGGUCCACCAGUACGGACGUGAGGCAAGCGAAUAUGGUGGAAUUCAACGAUGAAAGCAACAGCAGAAUAAGGUUGUUCCUCAUUUCGACAAGAGCUGGGUCUCUAGGUGUUAAUUUGGUGGCCGCCAAUCGAGUGGUGAUCUUUGACGCUUGCUGGAACCCCUCUCACGAUCUGCAGGCCAUCUUCAGGACCUACCGCUUUGGGCAAACCAAACCUGUUUUUGUAUAUCGGCUCUUGGCUCUUGGCACUAUGGAGGAGAAGAUCUACGACCGGCAAGUGACAAAGGAGUCUCUCUCCAAGAGGGUAGUUGACCAGGCACAGAUAGGCCGUCACUACACUGCGUCUGACCUGGCAGAGCUGUUCACGUACUCUCCCAAGCCACUUGCAGAACCUCCCUAUCGAAGACCCAUUGUUGACCAUGCCCUGUGCACCAUUCUGGACAAGCUGCAGCCACAAAACAUCAAUGGCUACCACGAGCACGACUCGCUACUGGAGCACAUUUUUGAUGAGGAGCUGACAGAGGAGGAGAAGAAGACAGCCUGGGACACUUACAAGCAACAGACAGCUGUAGAAGCUCAGAAGUACAACUAUGAUGCUCUUGCUCUUGCUCUUAAGUCGGAGGAGGAGAGACUGAGGCUGAUGGGUGGAUCUACACUGGGGCAAAUGCUUGGGCUCCAGGGAUCUCUCCCCACUGCACAGAUACCCACUCCCACCGCACAGAUACCCGCCGCACAGAUACCCACUCAACAAGAUUUCAAGCCACGCACUCAGACAGUGAUGUCUCUACCCGGAGCACAUACACAAAGACCGUCUCUCCCCCUCACUGCACAGAUACGCAAGCAACAAGAUGCAGUCAAGCCUUACAAUAACGCAAUGCAAUGUCUAGACACCAGUAUCAGCAGUUUUCAAUAUUUGCUCGGAAUCAAUAACGCAACAAAGGAUAUCUUAAAGAAACAAGCAUCCGGUUUCUUAAGCGUGGAGCAAGCUAGGCCAAUGCUCACAAAAUUUGCAACUGAUCAUAAAAGUCUGAUCAAAAAAUGUAGCGUCUCUGUAGCGGCUUGUAACAGCGCUAUUGUUGCCUUUAACAAGUCGGGACUAUCUCAAAACCCGGACCUUAAUAAGAAGAUUGGAGUUAAACGAACCCUACUCGACCAAUAUUAUAAGGCUACUCUAGGAAACAGAGCACAAGGAGGCCAAAAUGUGUCUGCGAUAAACUCCAUGGGUCAAAGUUCAUCCUCCUCGGCAGGCUCAUCAUUGGCAAUAUCUGAACCAACUGUUAGCAGUAGCAUUGACUAACAUUCUCUCCACUAGUCCAUUAUCGUGUUAUAUCUAGUUAAUACCCUGCCCUGCCAUUCAUUGAUUAAUGACAUCAUUAUUAUCACUUAA